AUGCCUACCGCCGCCGCCGACGAGCACGCCGAGGCGAUGGAGCAAGUUGGAGGGGAGGAGCGGGCGGAGGCCGACGCGGAGGCCCCAGCGGAAGAGGGGGCAGCGGCCAGCGAUGAAGCGCACAUAGAGGCAACGGAGCAAGUUGAAGAGGAGGCCCAAUCGGACAUGGAGGAGGUCCAAGCGGAGGCAGAGGAGGAGGUCCAGGCGGGGGCGGCGGAGGCGGAAGUGCUGAGCACGGUGCUCCCGCUGGGGAGGGUGAAGAAGAUCAUGCGGCUCGACCGCGACAUCAAGAAGGUGACCGGCGAGGCGUCGCUGCUCAUCGCCGCGGCCACCGAGCUCUUCCUCGGCUCCCUCGCCGCCGGCGCCCACACGGCCGCCACCCAGCGUGGCCGGCGGGGGUUGCGCGCCGCGGACGUCCGGGCCGCCGCCCGCGCGCACCGCCCCACUGCCGACUUCCUCCUCGACUGCCUCUCCACCGCCGAGGAGGCGCCUCGCGCCGCCCGCUCCGGAUCUGAUGCCGCCGCCCCAGCAGCAGCACCCAAGCCGCUGCCGCGUGGGACCCGCCGCAUCGACGGAUUCUUCCAGAAGGUCACUUAG